AUGUACGACAACACGGACGGCCCGGGCGAGCUCAGGCAGAUCUAUGGCCCGGAAAAGCCACUCUUGGAAAGCCAAUCCGUCAUUCCUGUUGUGCUGCCUGCGCCCGUUGCACCACCGGAUCAUGUGGAGCCUUUCCCCGAGGACAUGCUGGGACGCACAUUCGAAGCCCACUGCGGGUUUCUGGUUCCCCCUCCUGCGUGGGACCUCGUGUAUGCUCCCAUGCUGCUGGGCCUGCUGGUGCUGCUAGUGGCAGUGCUGCUGUCCAUCAUGAUCGCAGUACUGGCAUGGAAGAGGAGAAACAUGGAAGAGGACAUGAAGGAGAUUCAGCUGUGCACGGCCAUCUUGGAGAGAGCUGAGCGGGCCAAGAGUGAGACGGUGGCCAACGUCUCUCAUGAGCUGCGCACCCCAAUCAUUGGCAUGAUGGGCAUGAUUGAGGAAUUGUUGGACUCUUCGUUGGAGGAGUGGCAGUAUGAAGACCUGCGGGUGGCAAGGGCGUGUGCGGGCGAGACGGUGGAGCUCAUCAACCGAGUGUUGGACCUCGCCAAGCUGCAGGCCGGCAGGCUGCAGCUCGAGACUCUCCCCUGCUGCUUGCGCCGCAUCGUUCGCGAGGCAACUGCAGUUGUUGAACCCAUUGCACCAGGGAAGAAUCUGCAAGGUACGAAUGUGCAAUAUGCUCAUUGGCUUUCCAGAAAAGUCGUUUCGUAUGGGAGGAAAAUUGGUUAUUCGGUUAUUUAA